CGUAAAUUCAGUAGAAGAAGAAGAGCGGCAAUGGCGCCAUUGAGAGAUCCCGUUGUGAUCCUGAGUUAAGAUUGAAGACGUUGGUUUGGCGGUGUAUCGGUUGUUGUUGCAAUAAUGUCUUCAGUUCAGCAUCUGAGAGAGUUUAUCAAGGAGAGAUUAACUUCUGCUGCAGAAGAAAUCUUCUCAGAGAUUGAAAAAAUGAUCGUCCGGUAUGAGGAAGAGAUCUGUCAGCUAAGACUGCUUAAUAUCAGACCCAGGGUAAAGUCACACAAUACAGGUCUGUAUGAUCAGCAGUUCUGUGACCAGGAGAGGAGCUCCAGUCUGGACCAGCAGGACACAGAUCCUCCACAGACUAACGAGGAACAAGAGGAAAUCUCCACCAAUCAGGAAGGAGAGCAGCUUGAACUGAAGCAGGAGGAUGAAGGGAUUAAUGUGUGGACCGGAGAACAGCUGGAUUUGUCGUGGAAACCUGGAGUAAAGCUGACCAGAAUAGACCUCCCACAGCAACAUGAUUGUAAGGAAAGUGAGGAUCUGGAUGACCCGCAGGUCUGUAGCCAGGAGAGGAGCUCCAGUCUGGACCAGCAGGACACAGAUCCUCCACAGACUAAAGAGGAACAAGAGGAAAUCUCCACCAAUCAGGAAGGAGAGCAGCUUGAACUGAAGCAGGAGGAUGAAGGGAUUAAUGUGUGGACCGGAGAACAGCUGGAUUUGUCGUGGAAACCUGGAGUAAAGCUGACCAGAAUAGACCUCCCACAGCAACAUGAUUGUAAGGAAAAUGAGGAUCUGGAUGACCCGCAGGUCUGUAGCCAGGAGAGGAGCUCCAGUCUGGACCAGCAGGACACAGAUCCUCCACAGACUAAAGAGGAACAAGAGGAAAUCUCCACCAAUCAGGAAGGAGAGCAGCUUGCACUGAAGCAGGAAACCAAAGGCAUCAUCAUCUGGACCGGGCAGGAGCUGGGCAUCAUGUGGAACCCUGAAGUAAAGUUGCACAGAAUAGAUUUUCUACAACAUGACUGUAAGGAUGAGGCGGGGCUCACAAAUCAGCAGGUCUGUAACCAGGAGAAGAACUCCAGUCUAGACCAGAAGGAUACGUCACAGAUUAAAGGGGGAGAGGCAGAACUCCGUACCACUCAAGAGGAAAAACCGCUUGUCCUAAAGCAGGAGACUGCAACUUUUCCUGCUGGUGAAGCAAGUGACCACAGUGAGCCAAAACCAAGCAGUGACCAGCUCCUUUCUUACAACUCUCCUGUCACAGAUCAGGAUGAAAGCAAGGAUGGUAACUCACACAGAAAUGAGUCGGAGGCAGUCGUAUCAGGCCUGACAGUUCAAAAUUCCAAGACAGCACAUUUAUGUAGCCGCUGUGGGAAAAGAUUUUAUAGGUCAGAAACAUUGAGUCGACAUAUGCGAAUUCACACAGGUGAGAAGCCACAUUCUUGUAGCACCUGUGGGAAACGAUUUUUUAAGAAGUGUAAUUUGAAUAGGCACAUGGGAAUUCACACAGGUGAGAAGCCACAUUCUUGUAGCACCUGUGGGAAAAGAUUUAGUUUGAAAGAAAUUUUGAAUAGGCACAUGCGAAUUCACACAGGUGAGAAGCCACAUUCUUGUAGCACCUGUGGGAAAAGAUUUAGUCAGAAGAGUCAUUUGAAGAUUCACAUGCGAAUUCACACAGGUGAGAAGCCACAUUCUUGUAGCACCUGUGGGAAACGAUUUAUUAAGAAGGGUAGUUUGAAGUGUCACAUGCGAAUUCACACAGGUGAGAAGCCACAUUCUUGUAGCACCUGUGGGAAAAGAUUUAAUCAGAAGUAUAAUUUGAAGAGUCACAUGCGAAUUCACACAGGUGAGAAGCCACAUUCUUGUAGCACCUGUGGGAAAAGAUUUAGUCAGAAGAGUCAUUUGAAGAUUCACAUGCAAAUUCACACAUGUGAGAAGCCACAUUCUUGUAGCACCUGUGGGAAAAGAUUUAAUCAGAAGGGUAAUUUGAAGAGUCACAUGCGAAUUCACACAGGUGAGAAGCCACAUUCUUGUAGCACCUGUGGGAAAAGAUUUAGUCAGAAGAGUCAUUUGAAGAUUCACAUGCGAAUUCACACAGGUGAGAAGCCACAUUCUUGUAGCACCUGUGGGAAACGAUUUAUUAAGAAGGGUAGUUUGAAGUGUCACAUGCGAAUUCACACAGGUGAGAAGCCACAUUCUUGUAGCACCUGUGGGAAAAGAUUUAAUCAGAAGUGUAAUUUGAAGAGUCACAUGCGAAUUCACACAGGUGAGAAGCCACAUUCUUGUAGCACCUGUGGGAAAAGAUUUAGUCAGAAGAGUCAUUUGAAGAUUCACAUGCGAAUUCACACAUGUGAGAAACCACAUUGUUGCAGCACCUGUGGGAAACAUUUUAGUUCUUCAGUAGUGUUGAAAAUGCAUUUAGGAAUCCAUGCUACAUGCUAAAUAUCAUUCUUAGAAAAUGGUGAUGGUAGAACACAUAAACAUUGUUCGGAUCAUUUAAAAAAAAAACAACUUUCAAAAGGUUUUUGGAAGCUCAGUCUCUCUCUUCACACAUGGAGAAAAAAAACAGAGUUUGUCUCGCAACAUAAAAUGUGUCCACCUUUAUCACCUGUUUCUGACGUCAUUGUUUUAUAGUUUAUGGGAUUUGUCUUUGCUGAAGUUUUUUCAUUUUCUUUGUCAUGGCCUCGACAGUGCUUGAGAUAUUUUUUUGUGUCUUGAUAUAAAAGAACUAUUUCUCAAAAACACACUUGGAAAUAUCUGUUUAACAAACUACCUGUGUACAUGAGGUAGCCUUUAUUGAAAUCAUUUUUUUCUCUGAAGUUUACAGUUUGAAGGUGUUUAAAGCAGAAGACAGUUGACUAACUUUGCACUGUUUGCUAACUUGCACACUGCCAGAACUCCUGUUGGGAUUUUGUUUUUUAUAAUGAAAUUUAUACACUGGAUUGACAUUAAUGGGAAGUGCUUUGUAUAUGGAAAAGGAAUAUUUUAGGGAAUGACAAUGUUAAGCAGUUGAUCCAUGUUCGCGUAUUGUUUGUGACCCAUAUACUUAUGUUAUAAAUGUAAAUAAUAAAUGACCUAACUUGCA